AUGGGUCUUUUCGCCAAAUUCAAGACUUUCGGGCGCGAAAACAAGGAUAAAAGCGAAGAUGUCAAGAUUAUGAUCCAGGUUCGUCAUGUGUCCGAGAGCGUGGAGGAGAAGGAAAACUCUUUGAGCUUCGUGAUCCACACGACUUGUAUGGCUGAGCAAAUUCUCCCGGCACUCUUGAACGACGCCGCACACUCGCCGGAGGUACUCAGUCUCAGAACUUCUCGCCGACUUUCCGGGAGGGCAUACGGCGCAACUUCGUGUUCCACCCUCUCCACUUCCUUGACCGUUGUGGCUUCCGUUUCCCACUGCAACUUGAAGAUAUCGACAGUUGCGACUUGCGAGGACCUCGAUCUGCCAGCCGCAUCCCCCGCACUCGUCCUCAAGUCAUCUUCCCGUUCCCUCCGGCUCAAAGUUUCAGACUUCAAACAAGUCCGGCCCCUCGGUUUCGGUGCUUAUGGGGACGUGUACUUGGUUGAGCACGAGCCAACGCAAACUCGGGUGGCGAUGAAAGUCAUGAACAAGCGGACUGUAGACGAAGCAGCCGUUGUUCGCGAGAAGAACAUACUCCAGCAGGUUGGAACCCGCGGCAGCAACGGCAUCAACGAAUUCCUCGGCAGCUUUCACAACCACGACAAUUACUACCUCUUGAUGAAAUACUAUCCGGGCGGAGACCUGCGCCAGCAAAUCCGUCGCCGGGGGCGGUUCCCUCUGGACCUUGUCAGAAUGUAUGGCGCGGAACUUCUAGUUGCAAUCAAGACGCUCCACGAUCUUGGUAUAGUUCAUCGCGAUAUCAAGCCCGACAACAUCCUCAUUUCUGAGACUGGCCACCUCAUCCUCACCGACUUCGGCAUGGCAAAGUCUGUCAUCACCUCCGGCUGUCAGUUCUUCCCUGGGUCCGAGAUGCAUGAGUUUUUGCGCACCUGGUGUGGAACUUUGCAGUACAUGUCGCCUGAGGUGUACCAGGGCAUGCCGUACGCGUUCUCCGCCGACGUUUGGUCUUUCGCCAUAGUGGUUUUUGAGAUGCUCGUUGGACGCACUCCUUGGACAGGCCACUGGGACGAUGACCGGGCUCUCACGGAACAGAAGUUGCUCCAUACCACUUUAGAUGGCUGGCUCGACGGCAAGAAGAUUGAUGAUUGCACACGGAGUUUCCUUGAAAUGAUGCUGGAGACUGAGCCGUCUUGGCGUCUCACGUUGAUGGAAGCCACUGGCCACCCAUUCUUCGAUGACUUUGAUUGGUCUUCGAUCUUGAACGGUACGAACGACAUCCCGAACGUCGGCGUCCCCCUAGUUCGUGCUGCCUCUCAUGGUUCUGAGACCUUCCUCGGUUCAUUCUCCGGCGGGGGUGUGUAUCCGGUUGAGGAGGACCCACACCCAGAGUUCCACUACGCUGCUUCUGUUUUCGAAGUCAAGAAUGAAGACGAGCCCAUGAGCAUGGUGGAGGAGCAGUCCAUUGUGUCCCACGAUACCUUCGACGAUAUUCCUUUGGGCAGCUCCGAGUCCAUCGCUCGAGACGUCAUUCCGUCACCUCCUCAGGUUCUCAAUAUGGCUCCGCCUCCCGCCUUCUUCGGGAUGAUGGCCGGCAUCACUACCACUGUCACCAUCGUCGCCGAAGAGGAAAGUGAACCAUUGAACGAUAAAUUUAUCGACCAGCGAGAUAUCUCUAUUCCCCCUGGUGUUGCGAUGGCCGUUGCUAUCCGGCAUCCUAGCAUCUUUAAGCGCCUCGUGAGCUGGUUUAGCAGCGUAACCUCUUCGAUCACCCGCAUCUGCUCGCGACUCUCCUUCCGCUAA